AAAAUGAGUAUUCAGAGUGAGAGCGUUGAUGAGAAAAUAACUGAGUUUCUAAACUAUUCCCCUCUUGAUCCCCUCGACUACGAAGAAUUUGAUCAUGAUAGGAGCGACUGGGAUAAUGUCCCUCUUAUAGUCACCAAGUUCAUCACCUAUUUGAGUAAGAACCUUCAAGGACUUGCUAAUAAAUGCAAAACGAAGUUUAGUGAGGAAGCAGCUAGUAGCGUCAGAGUUGACCUCCAGUUGCAGAUCGAUAAAAUGAACGAAAACCUCCUUGGAGACAAAUAGAGACUUAGGCAAAGCUCAACAGGAAUUUGAUUCAAAAAUCCAAAUCCUUGAAGAAAAGUUUCAAAACUUAAAAGAAAUGUUUAAAGAAUCACAGAAGUUCAGUGAGAGUAUGGCCACAGAUAAUAUGUAUGAUUUCAUACCUAUCCCAGCACAGGACCUAGACAUGACUUCCAGAUUUCCCUCUAUUAAGGAUCUGAAGGGAGAUACAAUAGAAAAAGAUAAGAAAAGCCAACUUUAUAUGGGCUCAAAGAUAAAACCAGAUGCUAAAAAUCCAAAUUUAGAGGUUUCAUGGAUGAAUGAUGAAGAAUUUUUAAACCCUGAAUUCUUCAAAGCAAGGAUGUUUACUUUAAACCAGAUUAGAGAUUUGAUAUACCUUCAUCUAUCCCGCUCUGAAUUGAGUAAGAAGAUGUCUAGGCACGAAACUCUUGUAGAAUACCACGACAAUGCAUUAUUCGACCAGGGAAGAGCCCAUAAAAAGUUCUGUGCAGAGGUUGAUUCUCGGUUCAAAGCCACGCAUGAAGAGCAAGAUAAAACUAAUACUGAAAUAUCUGAGCUGAUCCUUAGAUAUAACAAGAGAAUCACUGAUAUUAACCGAACUCUUUCAUCUGAUGCAAAGAAACUCUACAUGCUCAGGGAAGACUCUGAUUAUCUCCAGAAGCAUCUGGACUUAGCCAAGGCAAAAAUUGAACGGUUUAAUGAACAAAACAAGAAGGAAAGAGAGAUCUUAGAGCAGAAGAUCCAAACGCAGAAAAAUGGAAUAUAGCAGACGAAUUAGUUACAGCUAACAAGCGGGUUGAUCAGGAGAUAGAUAAUAUUAAAGAAUCUUUGACGAAGAAUAAGGAUAUGAUAUUAUAGAAGUAAUAGAGAUAACCAAAGGUACUAUAAUCGGAGAUGUAGACGAUCAUCUUGAAAAUAUGAAGCUCCAAAUGGACUCCACUAAGGAAGAUAUUGACAACUCUUUGAAGCAUAAUCAGGAAGAAGCUCAUAAGAAAGUCUCCAAAAUCAAGGAUAUUUGCUCUACCUACUUUGACAAGUACGAUAAGGUAAAUGCAGCUGUGGAGAAAUAAAUUUGAAAAAGUCAACAGCACUUUUGAAGAAUGGAAAGAAAAGGUCAUCAAACCUCUCAAUAUGAGCGAAGCCAGGCUCUAUACAGUUGAAAUUAGGCUCAAGGAAUUUGAAGGGAAAAUAUACACUAAUUUCGCACACUCCAAAGAGAUGUUUAAGAAGUUAAUAUUCGCACUAGAGCAAGAAAGCUUACCAACUAAGGCAUCUGUAACUUCUUCUAUACCAAAUGGUCUUGGACAAGCAAUCCAGGUGAACUCUGGGGAAGCUUCUCAUCAUUCAGGGAGUCAAGAAAUGAACCUUUUGUUCCUUAAGAGACUGCUAUUUAUCAAGAACGAAAUUGAUGAGCAGAUAUCUGAUGGCUCUGAGCAGGAGGAAAUAGAGAAGACUAGGAGAAUUCAGACGCCUAGUUUCCAUAUACGUAAGAAAGUGUCACAAAUAUCCACUGAUCUAUUCAAACCGAAACAAAGAGUAGCCACUGUCUCUGUGAGACAUAGGAAGAAAGACCUAAGAUCAAUGAGUCCACUAAAGAUGUUCAAGAAGAAAGACAUCAAAUCUAAGCAUGACUCUCAGAUCAAGCUAGACAUCUUUAAGAAAAGUAUGUACAGCGGAACCCAUCUCUUCGAGAAGGAGAAAAAAGGUUCUAUCAACCCUAAACAUGUUCAGAGUUUAAGCUUGCAUAUUGAUAGGAUUAGGAGAGAAGCAGCUCAAAGUUAUGACUUGAAAGAUAACUCAUCUCAAAUUCUUAACUAA